CCGGCCGCGGGGGUCGCGGGGGUCGCGGGGGUCGCGGCGGGUCGGCCCGGCGAUCUUGAGCCGCUCGGCCUGGGAGGGCCCGGCCCCGCGCCCGCGACAGCAGAGCUGAGCGGCUGCCCUCAAAGCCUAAUGAAAUCAUGGACUGACCUGGCAUUUCGCUGAGGAAAUUUCAGGAAGACUUGAUUUUCAAAGCUAAUUAUGAAAACAUUUGUCAUUGGAAUCAGUGGUGUGACAAAUGGCGGGAAGACAACACUGGCUAAGAAUUUGCAGAAACACCUCCCAAACUGCAGUGUCAUAUCUCAGGAUGAUUUCUUUAAGCCAGAGUCUGAGAUAGCGAAAGAUACAAAUGGAUUUCUGCAGUAUGACGUCUCGCCUGGAGCAAACUCUAAGCUCAUCCAAUGGGCUCACCUUCCCAGUGACCGCAGUGGACUAGACAGCUGUUUUCUUCUUUCCACUGCUCAUAAAGUGCUUGAAGCGCUUAAUAUGGAUGAAAUGAUGUCCACCAUUUCCUGCUGGAUGGAAAACCCAUCAACAGACUCUGGAAGCACCGAAGAAAUUCCCAUAUUAAUCAUCGAAGGCUUCCUUCUCUUUAAUUAUAAGCCUCUAGACACUCUAUGGAACAGAAGCUAUUUUCUGACGAUUCCAUAUGAAGAAUGUAAGAGGAGGAGGAGUAAAAGGGUCUACAAGCCUCCAGAUGCCUCAGGGUACUUUGAUGGCCACGUGUGGCCCAUGUAUCUAAAGCACAGACAAGAAAUGGAGAACAUCACCCGUAACAUUGUUUACCUAGAUGGAACAAAAUCCGAAGAGGAACUCUUUACACAAGUGUAUGAAGAUCUAUUACAAGAACUAGCAAAGCAAAAGUGUUUGCAAGUAACAACAUAAAGAUGGAGUGCACUGAGUCCUUCCUCAGAUGAAUUAGGAAACUCCAAGGAGUAUGUUUGAGGAUCUUAACCAAGAUACAAUAUGUACUUUGGUAUGAUAACAGUUGUUGGUUCCUUUGUUUGUGUUAUCACACAUGGUUUCCCUGACAUGUGGAACAGUAAACAGUUAUCCACACCACUGGACAGGAAUUUACCUUAAUGACUUGUUUUCCCUCCACGGAGUAGAGAAAUAGCAUAGUUCACAAAUGAGUCAAUUUCUCUAGACCAAUGAUUGUCAAACUUUUCUGAAUGGGACCCAGAGUACAAAAUAAUAUUUACAUCACAAUCCAGUAUAUAUGUAAUCUAUUGUGCUUGUCUAUGUGUGUUUAUGUAGGUAUGUGUAUGUAUGUGAUGUGUGUGUAUAUAUACACACCCCUCAUAUAUCACAAAGCAUUUGCCUUAGAUUCAAUGCACACUGAUAUUUUUCUAUUUUUAGAUUUUCUAUAAUAUUCAUUACCAUCCAAUACCAAUGCCUAUUUCCUGCAAAUAAAGCCUUUGGCAGGAGUAGCAGUCACUUACCAGAGUGUCUUUUUGUGUGUGUGUGUUUUGUUACUCUUUCUUACAUAUAUGUAAAACCAGUGGAUCAUUGUGUUACUUGUGUUGAUACUUUGUUAUAACAGGGAAUAUUUUCUCUGUGUUUUAUUUUUCUGUCAAACCAAUGGUCUAAAGUCACAGAAAUCAGUUACGGUUACUUACAUGAUGUUCCUUUCACUGAAAAGAACAGACAGGAGAUCUGAAUUAUAUAAUAUUUUGAAGCCUCUUUCAAUGCUGGAAUUAAGAUUAUCUACUGUACUGAUCAACCUCUUGUUUGUAACAGGUGGAUUACUCCCAAUCCUUUAAAUCUUUACAAAUAUAAACAUAUUGUUACAAUAACUUUAACUGGUCUUUACAGAUUCAUUUUAUCAGCCCUCAUUUUUUCUGUAUUUUUUUUAAGAUUUUAUUUAUUGAUUUACUAAUGAGAGGUAGAGACACAUGCAAAGGGAGAAGCAGGCUCCCCAUAGGGAGCCUGAUGUGGGACUCGAUCCCAGGAUCCCGGGAUCACGCCCUGAGCCAAAGGCAGAUGCUCAAUCACUGAGCCACCCAGGAGUCCCUUUUCUGUAUUUCUAACUAGUUUGUACUCAAUGAUAAUUAGGAAGUUUUUGAUCACACACACUACACAGAAAGCAAAAAACAACAAAGCUCAAAUGGCGGUUCUUCCACCUGAUAGCUAUUAUGACUUGAUUGAAUUAUGGGAAGUCUUUAUUUCAAACUAUUGAAAGCCUUUAUUUCCUCUUUGUAAGAUGAUAUGCAGAUAUGUGAUAUCUGACCGUAGCAUAGAAUAAGGCUCAAAUCUUUAGUAUGGCCUCCAAGGCAUUCCCUGAACCAGCUUCUCUGUGCCUGUCUGUUCUCAUUGCCCAUCACUCAGCUUUUUGCUGUUCAGUGCCGUGACCUCCUCUCCUCAGAGUUACCAGGACCCUUCCUGCCGCAUUCCAGAUGCUCAGAGUGAACUUCCACAACCCUUCCCUCCAACCAGCCUGCCCUUCCUGCCCCUCCUUCAGAGUGCCUUGAGGUCCUACUCAAGGAAGACUUCUCUCAUCCUUCCCUCUGAGAUGCUCUCAAGGCUCCCCUACUUGUCCUUCAAAGCACUAUUGUAAUUAUACUAUCACAUGCAGAAUCACUCAUUUUGUGGCAGUCUCUCCAGCUACAUAGAAGCUCCAUGAAGGCAGGCCUUGCCACUGUGACUUAUUUACACACACACCCCUGAGAAUCAGCACAUGUCUAGCAUGUGAUGAACACACAAAAAAUAUUGGGUACAAAGAUAAAUUCCUAUUACAUCAAGAAUGAAUUCACAGGCAACCAAUAUAUCAUUUGAGGAGUAGUAGCUUAAACUCACUGGUUUUUUUAUUUGUUUGUUUGUUUGUUUUAAGUUCAAAGCAGGCAGUCCAAAGUUUGUACAUAGAGUUGUCAGAUUUAGGGAAAAAACAAAACAAAACACAAUUAGAAGACACAGUUAAAUUUGAACUUCAGAUACUCUGUAGUUACUUAUAAAUAACUUUAGCAUAAAUAAGUCUCAAAUACUACAUAUGUAAGGCUGUUGUUUUUCUGAAAUUCAGAUUUGUCCUGUAUUUUAUCUGGCACCUCUGCUUUUGCAGCAAUUCAAAAAUCAUAAAAAGGAGACGCCUGAGUGGCUCAGUCUAACCUUUGGUUCAGGUUGUGAUCCCAGGAUCCUGGGAUGGAACUCUGUGAGUCUGGCUCCCUGCUCAGUGGGGAGUCUGCUUCUCCCUCCAUCCCCCUCCCCAUUCAUUCUCUCUCUCUCUCCCUCCUUCCCCCCUCAAAUAAAUAAAAUCUUUUAGAGAUAUCAUUAAAAAGCCAGGAUUUUCCAUCCUUGACUUGUGGACUUAUCACCAGGAGAUCACAGGAAAGCAUUUGAGAUUCCUGACAUAGCAUCAUCUAUCAAGGCAUAGGGAGACACAGCCACAUGCCUCCCAAAGUCACCCAAUGGUGUCCCCAGCAACCUUCUUCAGAUGUUUCUGGAGUCAGAACUGGCUCACAUGGCCACUUCCGACUGCAAGGGAGGUGACACAGAGGAUAUCAUGACAGAUUUUAACCAAUUAUGAUUCAUUGUCUGGGCAUGUUGCCACGGGAACAAAAUCAAGCCUCUUUUAAGGAGGAGGGAACAAGUGAGCAACCCAAAGUGCCUACUUCAAACUCUACUCUGCCUACCUUACCUGGCCAUGAUUUUAUCAAGCUUGGAUUGCUCCAAUUCCAAAUUACUAUUCUCAAAACAGGAUUUUUGUUUUUUAGAAGAGAAGUCUAGAUAUAAUUUUUUAAACAUCAUUUCCAAGAAUUUCUGAAAUAUUCUUUUCUGCCCCCACUGCCCAGCAGAGAGAGAUGUCCCUGCUGAUUGAAGAUCAUUACACUUGACUUUUCUCCCCAUUUCAGCAUGUGAAAAUAGGUCAGAAAAAGACUCUUUACCUUGAAAGGGAGACAAAAAAGCUUAACAGACAUUAAAAAUAGAAAUAGUCAAAACAUUUUGAGAGGAAAGAAUUAUCUUUUUGCUUACUACUAUCAGUGAGAAAUAAAUUGGAAAUUUGAAAUGAAGACUCCCAGUGCCUCAUUUCUAGCUAUGCAUUUUCACACUGCAUCUCCUCUUACCCACACAGUUGAUGGGACAUUGUAUCUAUUUUAAAAGGCAUAUGCUCUUUAUAUAUUGAAAGAAGCAAACCUGUUUUUGUUGUUGUUGUUUCAAUUUGUGAGGCACAGAAAAAGUUUAUUACCACAAGAAGCAAGUGCACUCAUCCUACCUCACCAACAGAGUCACAGAAAUGCAACUUCACAUAAUAAAGUACAACACAGACUUGGGGAGAAUGGUCCCUUGGGCUAUAUUGGCUGUAAUACUGAGGUAACCAAUUGACCUUGUUCAGCGAAAAUACCUCUAACACAAUGAAAAAAUCAACUAGUCAUAACAUCCAAUUCAUAUAUACAAUUCAAAUAAAAAUGUAUAUUAUUUGCUUCGAUGUAUAGCAAAUUUAAUACAUUAAUGUUUACAAAAUAAAAACUAUUCUACUGAA